AUGGCUUUUCGUAAGCUUGCUAUCCCUUCGGCACUUUUUGCUGCUCUAGUUCACGGAUAUGCAAAUCCCGGCAGCUGUUCGGGCGCUUGCAACGUCCAUGACCCGGCGUUAAUACAACGAUCGUCGGACAGUACUUAUUUCCGAUUUUCCACUGGAAAUAAGAUCUCAUAUGCUAGCGCAUCCUCUAUCGCGGGGCCAUGGACAACAAUCGGAUCCGUGCUUCCUGAUGGCUCUUCCAUUGAUCUUGACGGCAACGAUGACCUUUGGGCUCCCGACGUCCACAUUGUGGACGACCUCUACUAUCUCUACUAUUCCGUGUCGACUUUCGGGUCCCAAUCUUCGGCCAUUGGACUUGCAACGUCUGAGACUAUGGCACUCAAUUCAUGGACCGAUCAUGGUUCUACUGGCAUUGCAUCAACGUCGGCGAAGCCUUACAACGCCAUCGAUGGCAAUUUGAUUGAUGUCGAUGGAACUUACUAUAUGAAUUUCGGAUCCUUCUGGCACGAUAUUUAUCAGGCUCCGAUGAAUUCUGCUGCGACGAAAGUGUCCUCUUCCUCAUAUAAUUUAGCCUAUAACUCGACUGGCUCUCAUGCUGAGGAGGGAUCUUUCAUGUAUAAGUAUGGCAGCUACUACUACUUGUUCUUUUCUUCAGGUAUCUGCUGUGGGUAUGAUAGUUCGAUGCCCGCAAGCGGAGAAGAAUACAAGAUCAGAGUCUGCCGAUCAACAUCACCGACGAGCGGAUUUGUCGACAAAAGUGGUACAGCUUGCACUUCUGGAGGAGGUACAGUUGUUUUAGAAAGCCAUGGAACAGUCUAUGGCCCGGGUGGACAGGGAGUUUAUACCGAUCCUACUUAUGGUCCAGUGCUUUACUACCACUAUGUUGAUACAACAGUUGGCUACGCCGAUAGUCAGAAGCUAUUUGGGUGGAAUGCGAUCAGCUUCUCUACUGGGUGGCCAGUAGUGUAA